AUGGUUAAUAAGCGGCUUCUAUGGUUCCUCGAUAAACAUAAUUUAUUCUCAAAAGAACAGUCGGGAUUCCGAAAACAUAGAUCGACCCAAGACAAUCUGGUUCUUCUCCAAUCCCAUAUUUCUGUUGCCCUUAAUAAAAAACAAGAGGUCAUUGCAGCUACAUUUGAUAUCGACGGUGCUUUUGAUUCUGUCAGUAGACAGUCAAUUCUAAAUAAACUAACUUCACUAAAUAUCUCCGGACAUAUAUUUCAUUUUAUUCGGAAUUUCUUAACUUCAAGGACAUUCAAAGUCUUUGCUAAUGGAAUUUUCUCGUCAACCUGUGCCCAGACUGAUGGUGUUCCCCAAGGAUCGGUUAUAAGCCCCACUUUAUUCAAUCUAGCAAUAAAUGAUAUUUGCUAUGAUCUCCUGCCUCCCAUCAAGUAUGCUUUAUAUGCAGACGACUUGUUUAUUUACUGUCCUGGCACGUCUACUCCUACUACAACUAAUCUAAUUCAGUCAGCAGUAAACACCCUAAGUAAAAAUAUAACUCGCUUAGGAUUAACUUUUUCACAAACAAAAUCCAGAAUUAUUAAAUUUAGUAGACGACCAUCUACAUUAUCUCCUACUAUCCUCAUUAACAAUGACCGCCUUCCUGUUGUUGAUCACUGUAAAAUACUUAGUCUAACAUUCGACUCUCGGCUCACCUGGAAACAACAUAUUCGAGAAAUCAAAGGCGAAUGCGGCAAAAGAUUAAACCUUAUUAAAAUCCUUUCGCAUUACCACUGGGGAGCAGACGAAAACUCCCUUAUCAAAAUUUAUAGCGCCAUCAUUCGCUCGAAAUUAGAUUAUGGCUGUCACAUAUAUAUCUCGGCCACAAAAUCUGAUCUCGAUCUCCGGAACUCGGUGCAUAAUACAGCUUUACGCCUCUGUUUAGGUGCUUUUCGAUCUAGUCCUGCAGAAAGCAUUUACUGCGAAGCUAAUGAGCCCCCUCUUUGGAUCAGACGGCAGCAAAUUCUGCUUUCUUACGCAGCCUCCGUAUCGGCUAACCCCCUCAAUCCUGUCUACUCGCUUUUCACAUCAAAUUCUAACACGUUACACAACUCCUCAGCCUUGCCAUUAUUAAAACCUAUCCCUUUAAUUUUAUCCCAGCUGCUUGACGGCGUCAACCUCAAACAAACUAGCCCCCUUCCUAUCCCCUCUACUCCCCCAUGGACUAUCAACAUUCCUAAAUUCAACACAUCCCUUAUGAGAUACAAUAAGCAUGCAACACCCAAACAAUUAAUUAUAAAUGAUUUUAAUGACAUAAUAAUGAAUAACCACAUUGAUUUAGUGUUAUACACAGAUGCAUCCAAAAAUGAAACAGGAGUAGGCUGCUCUGUUACAACGUCACAAAUUGCAAUAAAAUCUUCCCUUAUCCCAUCAACCUGUAACGUUCACACAGGUGAACUAUUCAGCAUUCUACAGGCCAUCAAUUCAAUCUCUCCACCUUAUAAGCUCGUCGCCAUAUGUACAGACUCACUUGCCUCUAUUUUAUCCAUCCAAAAUAUAUUUACCGAACAUCCUAUUGUCCAAUCAAUACAUGACUCCUACCAGCUUAUCUCAUCCCAAGGAAUAGCAGUUACUUUAAUUUGGAUACCUUCCCACAUUGGCAUCGAAGGCAACGAACUAGCAGACAAACAGGCAAAAAUUGCAGCUACAUAUACCGUCACCGACAAUGUAAUUAUAGGAAAGGAUUCAAAAUCACAGUUCAAAAGAAAAUCCAGAGUUACAUGGCAGCAGCAUUGGGACACUAUUAACACAUCCCUACGUCAAAUACAGCGUUCAAUUGGUAACCAACCUAUUAUCUUCGCUGGUCUCUCAAGGCAAGACUUAACUGCGAUUAGAAGAGUAAGAAUUGGCCAUUCAAGACUUACUCAUGGAUAUCUUAUGACUACUACUGCCAGACCAUUUUGCUCCAGCUGCAACUCGUACCUAACCAUGAAGCAUAUUUUGACCGAGUGUCGCAAAUAUACCGUCGAAAGACAACAGUUUCGGCUUAGCCAGAACUACAAUGAAGUCCUUAACAACUCGGAACAAAUUACCUCUCUACUUCAGUUUCUCAAAGAUGUUCAGCUGUACCACCAACUAUAG